AUGCCGUCCUACUCGCUUUCGCCGCUCGCGUACCUCAAGCUCGUCCUGCACGCGGCAGCGUACCCGUCGAGCACCGUGGUCGGCGUCCUCCUCGGCACCGUCGACGACCGCUCGACUGGCGCCGUCACCGUGUCGGACGCUGUGCCGCUGCUGCACCACUGGAGCGAGCUCAGUCCAGCGAUGGAGGCGGGCUUGGCACUCGCCGAGACGUUCGCCAAGCAGCAGGGCGCGGUCCUCGUCGGGCUGUACGUCGCCAACGAGCGACUCGGAGACGUGCGCGUCCCGCACGGCGUGCAGCGUGCGGCCGACGCCGUCCGGAGUCAGUGCGCCGAGGCGCUCGUCCUCGUUGUCGACAACGACAAGCUCGCGUCGGGCGAGCCGGCCAUCAUCCCUCACCUCCCCUCGUCCAAGCCGCCCGCCUCCUGGCAGCCCUCGUCCCUCUCGUCCGCCAAGCUCACCCUCGCCGACCCGGCCUCGCCGACAAAGGCGCUCGCCGCCGUGCGCGAGGGCCAACAUCGCCUCGUGGGCGACUUUGACGCCCACCUCGAGGACGUCACGGUCGACUGGCUGCGCAACGCGCGCAUCUCUGUGUAG